GGCAGCUUCUUAUCCAUCCCUUCCCUACUGAAAUAAGCACGGCCUCAUGGACCAGCUCAGGAGAUUCAUUCAACUGGAUGCCAAAGGAAUAUUGGGAAAGAUACGAUUGUGUUUAAUAAAGAAACUGCUGCCAGAUUUGGAAGACAGAAGGAAAUAUCAUGAGGAGUUUGCCUCGUCCACUUCAUUUCAUGGCGUGCAUAACAUUGUCCACAGGCAGAGCAAGGCCCGCAGGGCACUGUGGCUGCUGAUAGUCACAGGCUGCCUUGCCAUUGUUGUCUGGCAGAUCUGCAGUCGCUUCAUCUACUACUUCAGCUGGCCAACCACAACUACAGUGGUGGUUCAGUAUGUGGAAAAAGUCCAAUUCCCUGCUGUGACCUUCUGCAACUUGAACAGGUUUCAAGCUCAUGCUGUGAGUAACCUGAAAGUAAUUUUUUUUAUUUGGAACAUUGUAUCUGCAAUUCUCCAAAAAAUUGCUAUGGAAGACAAAUAUUCCCAGGAGUUAAAUGAUUUCCUUCUUGGGAACCAGAACUUCAGCAUCAAAGAUUUUACAAGGAAAAAUGGGUUUUAUCUGAACAGCAGCACAUUGCUAGAAUGUGAUUUUUUUGGAAAGCCAUGUUACCCACAGGAUUUUGAACAUGUUUUCACUGAAUAUGGAAACUGCUUUACUUUUAAUCACAAUGAUCUUUCAGCAAGAAGAGUGAGUUUGUCUGGAAGAGGCUUACAUUUGCUUUUUGAUGUCCAGCAGGACAAAUUCACUGACGAACCUACUCUUGGUUAUACUGAUGCUGGAAUAACUUUUGUUAUCCAUUCACCCCAAGAGCUUCCACGCUUUGAUGGUUUAGGUUUACUGACACCAGUGGGGACGCACGCACAGGUCGCGAUCCGCCAGCUGAAGUCAAUUAUCCAAGAAUACCCAUGGGGAGAGUGCAAGCCUGAUAUAAAGCUUCAGUACCACAAGAUUUAUAGUACUAAUGGAUGUUUGCUGGAAUGCAAAGCCCGGUACAUACAGGACUGGUGUGGCUGUUUGCCAUUCAUUCUUCCAGGAAAUGGAACAGAAUGUGACUUGCUGAAGUUUUACAAAUGUGUUUAUCCUGCAGUCUAUGAUAUAGAGAUAAAAGGAUUAUGUACAGUAGGAACACACAAUUCCACGUGCCCUGCACCAUGUGAAGAAACAGAUUAUCCUACCACUGUCACCUAUUCAAACUUUGGAGGAGAAAAAGCCAUAAAAUAUUUUUCUACAAAACUGAAGAAAAGCUCAGAAUACAUCAGGCAAAAUCUUGUGCGUAUUGAGAUUAAAUAUCAUGACCUGAGCUACAAAAUAACACAGCAGCAGAAGGCUUUGACUAUCUCUGAGUUGCUUGCCGAUGUAGGUGGCCAGCUUGGAUUGUUUUGUGGUGCCAGUAUGAUUACAAUCAUAGAACUGCUAGAGUAUAUUUUUACUAACUUCUGUUGGAUGUGCAUCUUUUUUCUUUUGAAAGCUCCUGAAAUGCCUCAAUGGAACAAUCCAUCCCAGAACCAACCAACACAUAAGGGAGAAAAGAGGGGAAUACAAGAAUGUUAAUGGUUUGUGGAAGGCCAGAACUAAUUGCAAAUUCCCUUUCUUUUUAAGAUACAACAGAUACUGUAAUAUUUUACAUUGCUCCCUUCUCUGCUGUCCUUAUUCUCCCUAUUAUUCCCUAAAAUGAUUUAACUGUGCUAAAUAACUUUAAAGAAUGCAUUUCACAAAGACUCACUUUCCUUCUUAUAUAAAUAAAAAUGCAAUCUUUAACUUUUAUUUUAAUAAUUUUUUUUAAAUCGCAUAGCAAGUGAUGCUGACAUAUGAUAAAAUUUAGCAUUCAUAACCCAGAUUUUAUCUUCUGUGUUUUGAGUGAUGAGAAAUAAUACACAUGCCAAAUUAUCUCACAGAAAUUUCUUGACUAUUAUAAACAUGGAGCAUUGUUAUUCUUAAAAUGCUGGUUCCUUAUUAACAACUCUUCUAGUGGGUUUUCAUCGUAACAUAUUCCAGUGAAGAAUAUGGUGACUUCACCUAGAACAAUUAAGAAUGUGCCUAAUAGCAAUAAAAUUUACAGUACUAUCUGUCUGAAAUACAUCAAAAAAAUCUCAUCAGUCUGCCAGCUACUGUAGAGAACCACAGGGCAUGCAAGUGGAUAGCAAGUGGGCAAGCAUGGGUCAACUUCAGUGUUUAAUGUCAUGAAAGAUGAUAAUAAAGGCUUAAUCUAAAUCCUACUAAAUAUGAGUCAGUGUAAGAAUUUUGUAGCUUUGGUACCGAUUCAGGCUUCCUGAACAUUAUUUCAGUGUUCAGAAAAGCUUCUGUGGUUUCCUACAUCUGUUUGGGCUUAUAGAGCAGUAGUGGUUUAGUCUUACAGUUUUUUAAGAAGACUGCAGUGAUUAAAUAAAGUAAUAAGUGUAUUUACUGAAGAGCCAAGUCCUUAACGUCAGAUAUAAAGUAAUGAAAAUGCUACCAUUUGGCCACCAUUGGCAACAGCUUCCCUUCAGCAUAAGCCCUAGGAUUUGCAAGGAAACACAGGAAAUGUCUUUGCUACCUAGAAAGAGAUGCCUUGAUUUUUCUCCUCUAACCUUAAGCACAACUCAAAGAUCUUUUUUCUCAAUUCUCAUUUAUUGGUCACUCCACUUCUGCUGGGACUUUUCCCCCCACGCCAUUAUCAAGCCCAGGCACAUUUGGCUCAGCAGCCCUAUAAAAAUGUUGUUCUGCAUUAGCCAACACAAAGGAAGAAUGUAAAAGAGAGCAAACAUACUGCAAUAUUUUUCCAAAGACUUCUCCCAGCCUCAAACUGUUUCUAACUGUGGAAUUCUCAAGCCAAAAGAAAUUAUAGGUUUGUAAGAAGGAACCAGGUAUUAUCUGACUUCUGGAUAAAAAGAAAAGCAGGGUAAAGUUUAAACAUAGUAAUCAAGCACACCUUGUAUUUCAAAGAUCAAAGUGUUUUGUAGCUAUCAAUCACAAUGAUUUGUUUUGUUUGCUUCUAUUAAUAAGAGCUGAAUAAAAUAACAUUAUUAUUGUAAAGACUAAAGAAAACAAAACUGGUAUUGUUUCUGUCCAAAGGUUCACGUGAAACGAAGCACAGAACAUGCUAAAAAAUCAGCCAAAAAAGCAGCAGUCCCCAGAAAGGGAACGUACUGAAAUCUUUGCUUUGUUUAACAAGACUAAAAUGACUUUUGCUUACUCCACUGACUUUGU